AGACAGCCAGAAAGGCCCUUUCAGAAAUGUCAGUGGCACAUGCUUUCCUCUCUCAGACCCUUCAGAGACUUCCUGUUGCUCUGAGGACACUCAUCCCAGCCGAACAGGCCCACCAGGCCCCUGACAGCACUACCUGGCUGGGGUCACGUGCGGGUCUCCUGGCUCUGGCAGGUGGGGGUGUGAUCUGGAACCUUCUGUCCUUGUGCGUCUGGGGGAGGCUCAGAAGGUGGGAGGAGGAGAAGCGCGAAGACAGGGUGAAGUGGAGACAGCUGGAGCACAAGGGCCCGUACUUCGCACCCCCAUACGAGCCCCUUCCCAAUGGAGUGUGUUUCUUCUAUGACGGAAAGCCCAUGAGAUUGAGCGUGAAAGCGGAGGAGGUGGCCACUUUUUAUGGGAGGAUGUUGGAUCAUGAAUACACGACAAAGGAGGUUUUCCGGAAGAACUUCUUUAAUGACUGGCGAAAGGAAAUGACAGCGGAAGAGAGAGAAGUCAUCAAGAGCCUGGACAAGUGUGACUUCACGGAGAUCCACAGAUACUUUGUGGACAAGGCCGCAGCCCGGAGAGUCCUGACCAGGGAGGAGAAGCAGAAGCUAAAAGAAGAGGCCGAAAAACUUCAGCAAGAGUUCGGCUACUGUAUUUUAGAUGGUCACCGAGAAAAAAUAGGCAAUUUCAAGACUGAGCCGCCCGGCUUGUUCCGUGGCCGUGGCGACCAUCCCAAGAUGGGGAUGUUGAAGAGGAGGGUCAUGCCGGAGGAUGUGGUCAUCAACUGCAGCAGGGACUCGAAGAUCCCCAAGCCACCGGCGGGGCACCAGUGGAAGGAGGUGCGCUCCGAUAACACUGUCAUGUGGCUGGCAGCGUGGACCGAGAGCAUUCAGAACUCCAUCAAGUACGUCAUGCUGAACCCUUGCUCGAAGCUGAAGGGGGAGAAAGCUUGGCAGAAGUUUGAAACAGCUCGACGCCUGCGGGGAUUUGUGGACGAGAUCCGCUCCCAGUACCGGGCUGAUUGGAAGUCUCAGGAAAUGAAGACGAGACAGCGGGCGGUGGCCCUGUAUUUCAUCGAUAAGCUGGCGCUGAGAGCGGGAAAUGAGAAGGAGGACGGUGAGGCAGCCGACACCGUGGGCUGCUGUUCUCUCCGCGUGGAGCACGUCCAGCUGCACCCGGAGGCCGACGGCUGCCAGCACGUGGUGGAAUUUGACUUCCCGGGGAAGGACUCCAUCCGCUACUACAACAGAGUCCCGGUGGAGAAGCCUGUGUACAAGAACUUACAGCUCUUUAUGAAGAACAAGGACCCCCAGGACGACCUCUUUGACAGGCUCACCACGACCAGCCUGAACAAACACCUCCACGAGCUGAUGGACGGGCUGACGGCCAAGGUGUUCCGGACCUACAACGCCUCCGUCACUCUGCAGGAGCAGCUGCGGGCCCUGACACGUGCCGAGGACAGCAUAGCAGCCAAGAUCUUAUCCUACAACCGAGCCAACCGAGCCGUGGCCAUUCUCUGCAACCAUCAGCGAGCGACCUCCAGCACGUUUGAGAAGUCGAUGCAGAAUCUCCAGACCAAGAUCCAGGUGAAGAAGGAGCAGGUGGCUGAGGCCAGGGCAGAGCUGAGGAAGGCCAGGGCCGAGCACAAAGCCCAAGGGGAUGGCAAGUCCGGGAGCCUCUUCUCUUGCCAGUGUCCUGGAGAAGAAGAGGCGGCUCCUGGAGAAGCUGCAGGAGCAGCUGGCGUGGCUGAGUGUGCAGGCCACGGACAAGGAGGAGAACAAGCAGGUGGCUCUCAGCACGUCCAAGCUCAACUACCUGGACCCCAGGAUCAGCAUUGCCUGGUGCAAGCGAUUCAGGGUGCCAGUGGAGAAGAUCUACAGCAAAACACAGCGGGAGAGGUUCGCCUGGGCUCUCGCCAUGGCAGGAGAAGACUUUGAAUUCUAAUGACGAGCUGUGUCUGUGUUGAAACUUCUUUAGUGAUUUUUUUUUUUUUCACUAUUAAAGCAGUAUUGGGGAAUUUUGUACAAUAAAAUGUUGUGUGAAGUGUUUGUGUGUCACUA